AUGCGUACUUCAGCAAUUGGACUUUGGACUUUGACAGCUGGUGCCGCCGUUGCGAAGACCUGUUACAAUGUAACGGUCGAGCUCCCUGUCAUGGCUCGCAACGGCGUGUUCGACAAUAUCAACACGCCGCAGACCAACUUUGACGCUACUUCCUUCGUCCUCUCUGCGACCAGACAGGGUAGAAACCUAACAGAAACAGCCUUGUCAGGCUAUGCUACCGUGUCGGGCCACUACAAUAUCUCGACCCAAUACUGUAUGCCAAAGAGCGCUGGGAAUUCGGCCUACACACUUCAGAUCCUCACGCAUGGAAUGGGCUUUGACAAGUCAUAUUGGGAUCUGCCAUACAACAACUAUAACUACUCCUAUGUGGAUUACGUCUUGUCCCGGGGAUACCACACGCUCUCCUACGACCGACUGGGGCUCGGCAACUCUUCACAUGGCGACGCAAAGAACGAGAUCCAGUCAUUCCUGGAGAUCGAAGCCCUUGCUCAAUUGACCCGCAAGGUGCGCAACGGCGACAUGUCCAAUAUCAAGACCCCCGCCAAGGUCGUCCAUGUCGGACAUUCAUUCGGGUCUGCCCAGACCGUUGCCCUGUCCGCGAUGUACCCAGAGCUUUCCGAUGCGCUCGUGCUCACCGGGUAUUCGACAAGCGCCGACUAUAUGCCAAUGUUCCUCAGCGGAGCUAACUUCCAGCAAGCCCGACUCAACGGCAAGAACUCGGAGUACACAGCUGGGUACCUGAAGAGCGCGGACAUCGGCAGCAAUGUAUAUCUCUUCUUCUACCCGCCCCAUUUCGACAUCGGUCUUCUGAGAUAUGCAGAAAGCAACAAGCAGCCUAUGACCAUCGGUGAACUCCUGACUAUCACCGGUCUUCCAGCGCAGAGCAAUUUCACAGGACCUGUGUAUGUCAUUGAUGGUGCGAACGAUGUGCCAUUUUGUGGAGGCGACUGUUCGCACAUGGGUGGGAAAUCGGCUUCUAUUCCUGCUGCUGCGAAGAUGAUCUUCCCCUUGGCCAGUGCUUUCUCUGCCUAUGUCCAUCCCAACACUGGCCAUGCUAUUAACCUGCACUAUAAUGCUACUGCGGCUUAUAAGCAGAUCAAUGACUUCUUGGGGGCUCACGGGUUGAUGAGCAAGAGUCACCAUCAUGAUCAUGCCCAUCAUCAUCAUUGA